GCAGCAGCAGGAGGUGUUGCUGGAAAUGGCGGCGCAGGGGCUGACGGCUACGGCGGCGCCGGUGAAGCUCGGCCGCCCCUUCAGCCGGAGCUACUCGAGCUCGCCGGCGAGAGGAGCACCCAGGCUCCUCUCCCCAGCACACUCCAACAGUGUGCACGCCCUGCGUGCAUGCGCGUCCACCUGCAGCAGAGGCGUGGCGGCAGGGAGAUUGAGUGCUGCCGCAACCACAGCCACCACCGCUGCUACGCCGCUAGCGCCGGCCGGCGGCGGCGAGGAGAUAAUGGAUCAGUGGCCGCCGGUGCCGCAGGAGCAGGUGGAGGCCAUCCGGUCGCUGAACGGGUGGGUGGCGGAGAACAUGCUCCCGCUGCUCACGCCCGUGGAGUCCGCGUGGCAGCCGCACGACUACCUGCCCCUGUCCACCGCGGACGGCGGCGGCGCGGAGGCCGAGGCGUUCGAGGCGUUCAAGGAGGGGCUCGCCGAGCUGCGCGCCGGCGCGGCGUGCCUCCCCGACGACGUGCUCGUGUGCCUGGUGGGCAACAUGAUCACGGAGGAGGCGCUGCCCACGUACCAGAGCAUGGGCAACCGCACCGAGGGCCUCUGCGACGAGACGGGCUCCAGCAAGCUGCCCUGGGCCCGGUGGAUCCGCGGCUGGACCGCCGAGGAGAACCGCCACGGCGACCUCCUCAACCGCUACCUCUACCUCACCGGCCGCGUCGACAUGCGCCAGGUCGAGGUCACCGUCCACCACCUCCUCCGCAACGGCAUGGAAAUGCUGGUUCCCACGAGCCCAUACCACAGCCUGAUCUACGGCGCGUUCCAGGAGCGCGCCACCUUCAUCUCCCACGGCCACACGGCGCGGCUCGCGGCGCAGCACGGCGACCGCGCUCUCGCCAAGAUCUGCGGCGUGAUCGCCGCCGACGAGAGGCGGCACGAGGCGGGGUACACCAUGGCGAGCGCCAGGCUCCUCGAGGUGGACCCGGACGGCAUGGUGCGCGCGCUGGCGCACGUCAUGCGCGGGAAGGUCACCAUGCCGGGGCUGCUCAUGUCGGACGGCCGCGAAGGCGGCGGAGACACACUGUUCGCGCGGUUCUCCGCGGUGGCGCAGCGCGCCGGCGUGUACACGGCGAGCGACUACGGCGACCUCGUGGAGCACUUCGUGCGGCGGUGGCGGGUGGCGGACCUCGCGGGCCUCUCCGGCGAGGGCCGCCGCGCGCAGGAGUACGUGUGCGGGCUGGCGCCCAAGAUCCGGCGGAUGGAGGAGCUGGCGCAGCGGAGGGCGGCCCGCGGGGAGCCCGGCCUGGCCCGGUUCAGCUGGAUUUUCGACAGGACCGUCGUGGUGGGCUGAAUAAUAAGCUUGACGGGUCGCGUUGUAAGCUUUUCCACACGCUUGCUUUGCUUAUUAUCGAGCUGGAAUAAAACGACUACUGGGUUUCAUGGUUUAGCCGAUUUUUCUCACCGUUUUGACGUGAUUGAAGAUCAUGCUGCCGUUUGUUAGAUCCAUGACAUAUGAUAUUAUGACAUGUAUGUUUUCAGAACA